UGUCCCUGCUGUGUCCCUGCCUUCCCCUUCCCUUGCAGCACCCCGAGGGGAUUUUCUCCCCAUCCUCUCUGCCCCCCAAAUUGCACUUUCCCACCUGCAAACCCCAGCUCACUGCCUGGACCCCGUUGGGGCUUUGCCUGCCACCGGGACCCCCGCGCCGUGCAGCGGGGAGCGCAGGGCAAUCCGAGCCUGCUGUUAUUUGAGGGAGAGACAGAGUUAAAGUUGGUGAAGGAGGGUUUCCUCGUGGCACGUGGCUGCCAUGUCAAAGGGUGCGCAGCCCGCGGAGGGAACGCAGGGAGAGCACUGCAGGAAUUCACCAUGAGCGAAAAGAGAAGCGGCUCCGGGGGACGUUAGUGUUCAUCUUUGGGGAGCCAAGCUGAUCCCACCCCGCGACGCCUCACCAUGUUCAACGGGGACGCCGGCCCGUCGGCGGGCAGGAAUGUGGUGCGCAGCUCCAGCAUCAGCGGGGAGAUGUACGGCGUGGAGAAGAGCGCGCGGGGCAGCGCCGACUCCGUCAGCAUCACGGCCAGCAAGAAGCGGCGCUCCAGCCUGGGAGCCAAGAUGGUGGCCAUCGUGGGGCUGUCGCAGUGGAGCAGGAGCACGCUGCAGCUCAACCAGAGCGAGGGCGGCCCCAAAAAGCUGCGCAGCAACAUCCGCCGGAGCACCGAGACCGGCAUCGCGGUGGAGCUGAGGACCAGGGUGACCCGGCAGGGCAGCCGCGAGUCCACCGACGGCAGCACGAACAGCAACAGCUCCGACGGCACGUUCAUCUUCCCCACCGCACGGCUGGGAGCCGAAAGUCAGUUCAGUGACUUCCUGGAUGGGUUGGGCCCGGGGCAGCUGGUGGGACGGCAGACUUUGGCCACCCCCCCGAUGGGUGGCUUUUCCCAACGGCUGGGGACCAGCCCAGCUGACAGCCGGCAGGAGGCGGGUGCUGGGAGGAUGCUGAGUGCGGUGCGUCCCUUCCCCUGCCCAGGUGAUGUCCACAUGGGCAUGGCGGACCGCAGCGGGCAGCUGGAGGUGGAGGUGAUCCAGGCACGGGGCCUCAUCCCAAAGAUGGGCUCCAAAUGCAUCCCAGCCACCUACGUGAAGGUUUACCUGCUGGAAAACGGCGUCUGCCUGGCCAAGAAAAAGACCAAAGCGGUGAAGAAGACCUGCGACCCCUCGUACCAGCAGGCGCUGCUCUUCGAGGAGAGCCCCCAGGGCAAAGUCCUGCAGGUGAUCGUGUGGGGCGACUACGGGCGCAUGGACAGCAAGUGCUUCAUGGGCAUGGCUCAGAUCGUCCUGGAGGAGCUCGACCUCUCCAGCACCGUGGCGGGCUGGUACAAACUCUUCCCCACCUCCUCUCUGGCCGACUCCAGCAUCGGGCCGCUGGCACGCCGCCUCUCCCAGUCCUCUCUGGAGAGCUCCACCAGUCCCUCCUGCCCAUAGCCGGGCAGGGAGAGCCAUCCCGACCCCCAGGACUGUCUGUGGAUGGCUGUGCCUAAAUGAAAUUUGCUGACAAUACUCAGGGGAGACACCACUAGCGACUCUGCUUUCUUCGCGGAAUGCACUGAGCACGAGGACUGUCCCGAAGGAUCGGUGUCCAACAGAGAGGAAAAAAAAAAGAGAAAAAGAUUAAAAAAAAAAAAAAAGAGAGAAAAACCAAACCACGACACCAAGAGAGGAGGAACGGGGGAUCCCCGCCGCCCCCACGGCUCUGCCUUCCGGGUCCUGGCACGCAGGCAGAGCGGAGGGCGCAGAACAGACCCUCAGUUUGAUGCGAUUCGCUUUGCCAACUCGACUCCAGUGGGAGAAAGGAGGAGGAGGAGCUCUGUCAGCACUGCUCAGCACUGCGCUCUGCCAUGGGCGCACAGCACCGCGCAGCCCCUGCGUUCUGCUCCACCUGAGAGCCCAGCACCAGGAACCCGGCAGCGCCGGCUCACUUCUUAUUGCUCCUAACGGCAUCGCGGUGCAGGCAGGAGGAGGGCAAACGGCUCCCAGCAGCACCGCCUGCCUUGCUGCAAACGCUGCGGGUGUGGGAGCGAUUCCUGCAGCCGAGGCUGUGCUCACAUCACCGCGUCCACCCCGUUCAUCUCCAACCGUGUGAGCCCUGUGCCAACCCUGCACCCGGCCCCACGCAGCACCCAGCACCCAGCACUGCCUGCAGUGCAGCACAGCCACGGCCCUGCACUCCGAGCUGCUGGGGAAUGCUCAUUGCACGGGGCAUUCCUUGCAUGCUGCAAGGAACAGAGGAUGGCUGAUCGGACCCUGGGAGGUCACUGCAUCUUCCCUCCCCCUGGAAAGCAGAUCCAGGCCCUUCUCCUUCCCAAAUAUGUUCCUCUAGAAAAGAAAUGAGCAUCAGACAGAAGGGGC